AUGGGUCAGGCGCCUGCCAAAGAGGAGGAUUUCUCCUGGGCCUACACGGAGGAACCACACGCGACGAGACGGAAGGAGAUGCUCGCAAAGUAUCCGCAGAUAAAAGAUCUGUUCGGACAAGACAAGGCCUUCCGCCCGGUCGUCGUCUGCAUGGUCCUCGCGCAGAUCGUCUUCGCCUACCUACUAAGGGACUCUGAUUGGCUUCUCAUCCUUCUGCAGGCUUACUUUGUGUCCGGAACCAUCAACCAUUCGUUGACUCUUGCUGUCCACGAAGUCAGCCACAAUCAGGCGUUCGGAACGAGUCGGCCACUCGCUGUAAGAUUUACACUCACUUUUUAUUGAAAAGUUUUAUAUUCAGAAUCGAAUUUUCGGAUUCAUAGCCAACCUUCCGAUGUGCAUUCCGAUGUCGAUCUCCUUCAAAAAGUACCAUUUGGAGCAUCAUCGUAAUCUCGGAGAGGACGUCAUUGACACCGACGUUCCGACCGAAUUCGAGGCCAAAGUGUUCCGCACUUGGUUCGGAAAGAUGAUCUGGAUGAGUCUGCAGCCGCUCUUCUACGGAAUCCGUCCGUUCCUGCUCUAUCCAAAGUCGAUGACCGAUCUCGAACUCAUUAAUAUCGGAAUCGAACUUGUGUUCAGCACGUUCAUUUACACUCAAUUCGGUCCCAAAUCGUUCUUCUAUUUGUUCGGUGGUCUUGUUCUUGGAAUGGGACUUCAUCCAUGCGCCGGUCACUUCGUUUCCGAGCACUACGUAUUCAAAAAAGAUCAGGAGACGUACAGGUCAGUUUGUCGGAGCGGAACAGACGAAAAGUACUUAAAAGUGUACUCGUCCUUCUUUAAUACUGAAUGAACCGCAAAACGACGGUUGUUUUCAGCUACUAUGGACCCAUCAACAUGGUCGUUUUCAACGUCGGAUAUCACGUAGAACACCACGAUUUCCCCUACAUCACUGGAUCCAAUCUUCCCAAGGUCUGUGUUUAUUUUGGACUUGCUCACGAUGUGACAUGUAUGGAAAUGAGCAUCGGAAUUGCGUAGUGCCCGUCUUUUUGCGCACUUGAAGAGGGCGGAAAUUUGUAAUUCGAUGCUGAUCCUCAAGUUUCGGCAUAACGAUUAUCGAAUAUCAGGAUGAGGUCAUCAUUCAAAGAUCUUUCAGGUCCGGGCGAUCGCCCCCGAGUACUAUAUGGACUGGCAGACGCACGACAGUUGGGUCGGAAUGAUGGCCGAUUUCGUGUUCAAUCCGAAAAUGACUUUGAGAAAGAGAAUAAAGAGAAAGUACGCGAAGCCGAAUCAGUUCUCGUUCUACGGAACGGGACCGUACGAGUCGAGCCACGUGUACCAAUCGAUUUCCAAUGUAAGUGGAAUGAUUUUCUGAUGCGAUGCAGAAGAGAGAAGCUGAAAUUAAUCAGAAAUUAAAUUGAAUUUGUGCGACCGAAAUAGGAGUAGUAAUGGGGCUUACUAAACAAUAAUGACGUAGGCGGAACCUCAAUUGGAUUGAAAGAGCAAAUGGAACAAAUUGGGAGAAUCCCUCCGUUUCCAUUUUCUACGUAUUCAUGGAGUACUAUGACGUGGAAGAGGUCUGUUGACGGAUAUGAAAAGGACCCGAACAUGAUAACUUCUCAACUUACGUCUAUUAAUAUAAUAUGAAUUAUUUUCAGGUCGUCAGCACGCUCACUGGUUUAGGAGGAAAGAAGUCCGUGGUGAAGUGCGACUAA